AGCGCCUUACGGCGACGUCAUCGACCGGAAGUGAGUGAAACAGUCGCGCUGAGCACGUCUCGUGGAGGGUCACUUUGAGCAAUAUUUCAUAAUAAUAAACAGUCCAGUCACUAAUAACAGUAACCGAGGUGUGAAUGGAUCCGUCUAAAGCAGAGGAGCCUGAGCUGAGACACGUGGAGAAAGACGUCUUGAUUCCUAAACUGAUGCGGGAGAAAGCCAAAGAGAGAUGCUCUGAACACGUGCACGAGUUCAACCGCUGCUGUAAGGACACCGGCUUCCUCAUGGUGUUCAAGUGUCAGGAGGAGAACGCCGCUCUGAAGCAGUGUCUGACGCAGCACUAUCAGGACCCGGCGUUCUUCGACGAGUGCAAGCGCGAGUAUCUCCGAGAGAAAGUGGAGUACCAGCAGACGGGGAUCCCAGCCAAGAACAGACAGCAGAAGAUCCCCAGCAGCAUGUAGACGGACGCUUUAUAUUCAUGAUUAGCUCUUAUGAAGCGUCGCUGGCACCUAAAGCCUAAUAAAAAUUCAUAGAGAAUGCUUGUGAAUCACAUCGGAUGUGUUUGGUGCCGCGACCCGCCGGGAAUUACUGGCACGCCACCUCCGAACAGAACCGCUGCUUUUUAUUUGCUUUAGAAGUUAUUCAUGACGCUCGUGUUCGGCUGCUUUUCAAUCAGGAGAUGAACUUCUUCAAUUAGAAACUCCCGACUUCACUUUCGUUGUUUCUAACGCCGCAGCACAUCUCUUUUUUUUUGUUAACGCAGAAUAUAACUCUGUAUUGUGAACGUUUAAUCUGCUUCCGCUCACCAAGGCCGCAAUUAUUAAUUUGAGCAAAAGUCUAUAAAUAUGUGCGUUCAGUUCAGAAAGCUGUUUUCUGUGUGAGUGUGUGUUCAAGUGUGGUUUAUUUCUGUGCAUCAUUACUCAAAUCAUUUCUGAUUGUUUUCAGUGCCGUGCCGUCCAGGAUUUCUGUGCAAACCUUUUUCUAAUAGAAAUCGUUUAGAACUUUAUAAAAUGAUCUCAACGCAUCUUUGAAUGAAAGUGUUCGUUCAUAAUCCAUAGAGAGAUUGAUGCUAAUCAAAUCCCCAAAUAAGUGUUUUUGUUUGCAUGUGGUUUUCUGUGUAUAUUUAUUGUCUAUUUAAAUAAAAGCAUACAGUAUGUAUUUUGAAAA